CCACAACCACAACAAGCACAACAACGUGGAGGUAAAAAAGAGGUCAUGUGGACUUUGUUUUUCCAAACAAAAAAGUAUAUUCGAUUAUCAUCACAUCAUUUGUUGAAAAGGGUAAGAAGAGGCAGGUUUGAGAUUCCUUCCUUCUCUCCGAAACCUGAAUCUUUUCGUCAUCAUCAUCGUCAUCAUCAUCUACCACACUCCCAGCAAGCUCCUCGACGUCCACUACUCGUCUCAUCGACUUUGGCCUCAACGAUGGUAAGGAAAAGACUGGGACUUUCAUCAAAGGCAAAAACUCUUUUUCCCACGGACAUUAUGUCCGGCCGUCCCGGGGACGUAAAGAGCAAAAGGCGAUCUCUCUAAGACCAGGAACCUCGCUCGCGCCUGACCUCAACAAUCGUCGGAUCUUUUUUCUUUUUUAUGUAUUACUGCUGCAUUGGCUGUUGUCAAGUAAUGCCAUUCUACUUCUUUUUUUUUUGUUUUCCUUCUCUAUUAGUUUUUUUUCUUCUCUCUCCCCUGUCUUCCAGGACAUCCAUGGGAUGGGGUGGGGUGGGUGAGUAUACAUACCACAGUGGAGGAGGA